AUGAAAAAUAAUGACCAUGAGCUCUUGAAAGCGACAUUUUGGUCAGAAGACUAUGCGACUGGGAUAAAAUCUCUGCUCGAAAUAAUCCAAAAUGAUGUCUUGGAGUUAUCCGAGAUUCUAGCUUCGAUCAAAACUUAUGACUCGGAGAUAGUGUCGCCAGCUAUCAUGGCAUUGAAAAAACUGAUCGUUCGAGAUGAAAAGGCAGAAAGCGAUUCAUCGCUUUGUAUAACAGCUCUGAAACGGCAAUCGGAGGCAUUGGCCGGACUUCUGGAGAAAAUGGAGCUUUCCAGUCAUUCAAGACUUGAAUCCAAGUGUCAGAUACCAUUGGAAUCUCUUUUGUUCGAGUACAAUGAGUAUUUAGAAGGGACUAAAGAAUCAACGAGGCGCGCCAUGGAUGGAUACACCAAGCACCUCACGAUGGCCAAGCAGAUGCAGGAUCAGUAUGCUUCAAUGGCAGCACGAUUGCGAGACGUUGGCAAAGAACUGUUUACCGAGCCUGAUAAACAACACGUAUCGCAACAAGAAGAUAAAUCAGGACAUUCAUCGCACGCAUUUCCACUAUUUUUUGACAAGAGCAUAGUAAUCGAGGGUGAAGAGCAAUUGGAAGUUUUCUGUAAUAAACUCAAAGAGAGUAUCACAACCUCGAAGAGGCUGAUAGCUAUCCCUGGUAUAUCUAAUGAGUAUUUCACCGGCACUAAGCUCCUGGACGCUCUCAAGAGAAUAGAACCGAAAAUGGAUGUCUCGCUUUUCAAUAUUGAGCGCGUCGGUCAAAGAUUGCUGGCAGCCGGCAUCAUAAUUCCGUACCAGAGUAUCAUAAGCGCCCAAUCGCGCUUCUCAGUAGACGACUAUUUCUCCUGGGGAUCAAUCCAGCCUCAGCAAGCAGUGAGUGGAAAUGCAGUUACGCCGGGAAACACUGUUUUAGGUGGUUUCUUCAAAAGGUUUGGUGGCGGCACUGAGGAGCAGAUGACUAUCACAACGUCAGCCGAAUUGGAGGCGUACCAACAAGAAUUUACUAAAGGUGAAUCGUCUUUCUUUCAACAAUGCCAAAAUUUAGACUAUUGGCGCUCUGAGCUUGAGCUUGAACUACAAAAUGCUAUGCAUCAUUACUGGAAAUUACUUCCUCAGAAGAUUAAUAAAGGUUUCCUCGCAAAUCGCCAGUUUCUCUCGUCAUUGCAGGAAUCAUUUUCGUUGCAAUUAGAAACGGACACAAUAGAUCUGGCUCAGGAGGUAGAAAAAGUGUACGCCUCGAAUCAUAGUACCGUUGGCUUUUAUAUGCCACAGCCUGGUGUUACAUUUUCGAAAUAUGACGUCAAUGGGAACUUAAUAGGACCUUCUUUGUUUCACUCGGAUUUGAGAGAUCUACAAUUGGAUGAGACCGGGGUUGCGGUGAUAAUGAGAACAUUACUGGGUCAUCUGGAAACUUUUAGCGCUGAUAUUGUUUUGAAAGCAUGGACAUUACCACUGGAUUUACAAAGAAACUCCAGACUGCGACGGGAUUGCUGUUCUGAAUUUUUGGCAUCGAAGGGAGACCAUUUUGCAGCCAUAACAAAUAUUCUUGUCAAAAAGGGCCAAGAAGUAAAUGACGUUGUUGGACUUUUACAGAGUUGGCUUUUGGAGCUACCUGAUAGUUUGAUUCCCAUGUCGUGCUAUGAGGAUGUGAAAGCAGAUGGAAUCACGGGUCUUAGAAGAUCCUCUAAAGAGCAUUUGUUACAUUUGGCUGCGAUGUGUGAGCAUUUUCAAUGGCUCGUAAGGCAUUGUGGUGAGGUCGAGGUGACGCAAGCAUUUGAGGACCGAGUGGAUUUCCCACUGUACCAUGUCUUUGCACGCAGCAGAAUACAAAAACCUGGGGAUAACGAGGUUAUGUCCAGGACGGUGCAAGGUAUAUUGUGUCACAAAGGUAAUUCUCAACGUCUGGUGGAGAUGCUGGCUGCUGAUAGAGAAUCAAAUGUGGCCAAGCUUAGUGUCGAUGUUCCGAUGCAGUCUUCUUCUGCUGCGUUUGUUCCGCGGCCGCUAAAGUCGCUCAGUGCGAAUUCUUCUGCUGCAUCCUCCAGGCCUGCAAGUCAGCGAAUUAGCGGUAUUGAUCUCUUUGGCAGGGACACUUAA